AUGGUUCGCCUUGCCUGCUGCUUGUUGCUGUUCGCAGCUCUCGUAGCGGCAGCGCCUCCGAACACCCCUUGGAAAGAUGAUGGCUCACAGCAAGUGAUCGCCGGGCAGUCGACCUCGAAUUCGCAGCCUGUCCCUAGAAAGCUCCGGGGUAGAUUCCUGCACAUCACAGACAUCCAUCCUGACCCUUUCUACAAGCCUCACUCCGAUCCUGAAGAGCAAUGCCAUGCGGGCCAUGGCAGGGCUGGAUAUUAUGGAGCAGAAGUAACAGACUGCGAUACGCCCAUAAGCCUGGUGAAUGCCACCUUCCAAUGGAUCGAAGCCAACCUCAAAGACGAGAUCGAUUUUGUCGUUUGGACCGGCGACUCGGCACGCCACGACAACGACGAGCGCCUGCCCCGAUCAGACAAACAAGUACUCAAGCUCAACCGAUUCAUUGUGGACAAGUUCGUCGAGGCUUUCGGCAAGCCGGACAACAUAGACGACCCGGACCCGACCAACGAUUUCGUCGUUCCCAUCGUUCCCACCUUUGGGAACAACGAUAUUCUCCCUCACAACAUCUUCAGCCCUGGGCCGAACAAGUGGACGCGGGCCUACCUGGAUGUCUGGGAUCGUUUUAUUCCACAGGCGCAACGCCAUUCGUUUGCAAGAGGUGGUUGGUUCUUCACUGAAGUUAUACCAAAUAAAUUGGCCGUCUUUAGCCUCAACACUCUGUACUUUUUCGAUUCCAACUCGGCAGUCGACGGCUGCGACCUGAAGUCAGAGCCGGGCUACGAGCAUAUGGAGUGGCUCCGGAUCCAACUACAAUUCCUCCGCAACAGAGGGAUGAAGGCUAUCCUGAUAGGCCAUGUGCCACCAGCCAGGACAGAGAGCAAACAGAGUUGGGACGAAAGCUGUUAUCAGAAGUACACGUUAUGGAUGAGACAGUAUCGAGAUGUGAUUGUCACGUCGAUAUUUGGACACAUGAACAUUGACCAUUUUAUGUUCCAGGACGUGAAUGAUCUGCAUUACAAGUUCAAAAUCAAAGGUAUCGAUGACAGGCCUGGCAGAAUCAAGCGCGUCGAAACACAACCAAACGACACCUUCUCGAUUGCCGCUAAAGCACAAUACUUGAAUGAAUUGAGAUCAGGAUGGUCAGAAUUACCUAAACCGCCGGCCGGACAUUCAUAUUUGUGUUUGGAUAGUGCAGAAGUUCCAAAUGAUAUUGUCGACGCUGGAAAGAAGGAUGGAAAGAAGGAGCUUGCGAAGUUUCUAGAGGCCAUUGGCGGACCUUGGGCAGAGAGAUUCAGCAUGUCUUUGGUGUCUCCGAGCGUUGUCCCCAACUUCUACCCCACUCUUCGAAUUGUAGAGUACAAUAUCACAGGGAUGGAGAAUGAUCACCCAGCCGAGGGGGCGAUUGGAGAUCCUGCAGUUGAACACCACGUCGAUGGCUCAGCGAAUGAGGAAAUGAUGUCAGAAGAUCCAGAGGAGGAUGAGUCUAACGCAGACGCCCAUCCGGAAGACAAUAUCCACGAUCUCAAGAAAAAGAAGAAGGGCAAAAAGAGAAAGAAGCCGAAGAAACCCAACUUCCCUGUGCCAAAGCCACCAUCCAAGACGUCUCCUCCUGGUCCGGGUUACUCUCCUCAAUCAUUGUCUCUACUGUCGUUCACGCAAUAUUACGCCAAUCUGACUCAUAUCCACGAGCAGAUGCAGUCAGACAAGUCGUCCAAGAAAGAUCCUUACAAACACUUUCGAUAUCUUCCGGAGUACACGACAAACAACGACAGCGCAUAUCGGAUGGAAGACUUGACAGUGCGGUCGAUGCUGGAUCUGGCAGAGAAAAUGGGGCGGGACAGCCUCAGUUUGAGCGAUGCCGACACCGAGCAAGUUGAGAAAGAUGCCUAUACCAAGAAAAAGGGCGAUAAGGACAAAAUGACGACUCGUAAGAAUCACUUGUGGAAAGUGUUCAUCAAGCGGGCUUAUGUGCAUACGAAACCCGACGAUGAAAUUGAUCAGCGGUUUUGA